CGUCCGCGUUGAAUCAUAACACCAAUUUCUCUCCCUCGCCGUCGUCGUCUUCUCCCGCUCAUUUUGAUUUUCCUGCAUUUUCCCCACUAAUUCGGUCUCAUGAUCAAGCUUCAAUAUCAGAAGGUUUAAGUGUUUUAAUCAUCUUCUGUUUUAUUGUGUUUAUGGGCCAGUCUGACUUACUGAAUUUGCUAUUCGCGGUGGGUGUUUGGUGUUCUGCAUAUAUUGUUGUUGCAGUUGUUGCAUCAUUGCGGAUCAUCUCCUGUCUUUGUCCGCUUUAAACUUGGGAGACAACUAGAAAGCUGCCAUGGGAUAUGCACAACUAGUUAUAGGUCCUGCCGGCAGUGGAAAGUCAACCUACUGCUCUAGUUUGUACCAACACUGUGAGACAGUUGGCCGAACUAUGCAUGUUGUGAAUCUUGACCCUGCUGCCGAACAUUUUGACUAUCCUGUAGCCAUGGAUAUUAGGGAGCUCAUUUCGUUGGAUGAUGUUAUGGAGGAGCUUGGACUUGGUCCUAAUGGUGGCCUUCUGUACUGCAUGGAACAUCUUGAAGAAAAUCUAGAUGAUUGGUUGACAGAAGAAUUGGAUAACUACAUGGAUGAUGAUUAUUUAGUUUUCGACUGCCCAGGUCAGAUAGAGCUCUUUUCCCAUGUUCCGGUUCUUAAAAACUUUGUGGAGCAUUUAAAGAGAAAAAAUUUCAAUGUCUGUGCUGUGUAUUUGCUUGAUUCUCAGUUCAUGACAGACAUCACAAAGUUUAUCAGUGGUUGUAUGGCAUCUCUUUCAGCAAUGGUCCAACUUGAAUUACCACAUAUUAACAUCCUCUCCAAAAUGGAUCUUGUGACCAACAAAAAGGAUAUUGAUGACUUCUUAAAUCCGGAGCCUCAAGUUUUGUUGUCUGAGCUGAAUCAACGUAUGGCUCCACAAUUUUCAAAGCUAAAUAAAGCUCUAAUUGAACUGGUGGACGAUUAUAACAUGGUGAGUUUUGUGCCACUUGACUUGAGGAAAGAAAGCAGUAUAAAAUACGUGUUGGCUCAAAUAGACAACUGCAUUCAGUACGGUGAAGAUGCAGAUGUGAAGAUUAAGGAUUUUGAUCCAGAGGAUGAUGAUUAAAUCAGAGUUGGGAGGUUUUUUUGGGUUUUUUUUUUGUUUGAUUAGAACACGAUAAUCAAAUCAGAGUUUGAGUUUCAGCUAUACAUAUGUUUGUCUGUAAGUGUUCAAACUUUUUCUGUCUUUUUGUUUCUGGUGAAGAUGAGUGUUACAACUGCUUGAAGCAUUUGUUUUAAUAAAGAAAAUGAAGAGAAAUACUGCGAAGAAA